GUGUGAAAUUAUGAAUGUACUGCAAUAUGAAAGUAACAAAUAAACAGAUUUAAGUUAUUAUUAGAUAUUACGUUUAUAUCUGCAGAGGAAAGAGUCGAGAUGCAUUUACUGUAGGCUAAUCUCUUCGCUAAUGAGAGAGGCUAUUGCUUUACUCCUACAGUUCAUAAACAGUGAUGCAAGUGGCAACAGGGCAAUCACCCACCCCAGAAAGUCUUUCUUUUCAAAGCUUGGGAGUUUAGGUUUGUUAAAUCUCAAAUUCAUCCCAGAUCCAAGUGAGUUGGAGACAUAAAGAACCAUUGAAAUGAAGAUGGGCAAACCUGCUCGUGUCUUACAGACAGCAAGGGUCAUCCUUAGCCUAGCCCAUUACAUUUAGUCAUUUACAUUUAGUCUUUACUCAUUUGUAGUUAUUAAUGACUCCGUGCUGUCUAAUAUUACAAGAUUUACACCAGAUUCUUCGCCCUGAUUAAUAAUAACAAUAGCAUGUAGCCUACUGAAAUGUAGUAGGCCUAGAACCACCCAGGAUUGUUAACCUUAAGGGUGUGAGGAAACAUUAGGCCUAUGUUAAAUGGUCUAACUAUACACCAGUAUUUUAGAAGUGGGGAAAACUCAUUUUUUCUAUUGUACUGUCAAUACACCUUAAGAGCAGGCCAUCAUUUAAUACAUUAAUAACAGCAAUGUUGUUAUUUAUUGAUUAUUGAUGAUGCUUAUUUGAUAUUGGCGAGAAAUAGCUUCCAUUGUCCAUGUUGUGCAAAUUACUUUUAUAUUUUUGCAUUUCUAUUUUUCAGAACCGCAUAAUCAAAUUGGGCCAAGUGGAAGACGAAAACACAUUUGAUCUGAAUAUUCAAAAAUUGGCACAGGACAAUAAUUUCCAAUUUAUGUCGGUCUAAACGCAUACGGAUGAGACCUGCUUCCCCUUUAAAGAACCGUUCUGACGAAUCACUGCAAAGAAGAUUGUCUAUUUACUGUAUCGAAAAUUCACUCAGGAGCCAGAGGGGAAUCAUUUAUUCCACAAGGCUAUAACGGUUGGGUAAAUAUUCUUUGUAACACAUUAUAAUUUUUUUGACUAAUGGACUUUUGAAGUCGGUAACACCGCGCAGUCACUUAGCCUACAUAGGCUAGCCUACCUGCUCCAUUUUUUUCUGGACAAUCUGAACGAUAUCGGCGCAAUACAAUUAUAUGUUUAUUUUUCCCCAAGGACGCGUACGGUUUGUUGCUGAUCUUACCGAAUGGCGAACUGUGAAAUUAGAUUGUGAAACAUUUGCUCAGUCUUUUCAGCCGGACUGAUGAGCUGUUGGCCGUAUUUAUCUUGACGUCGCGUAAAAUGCGCUUUAAUUUUCAUAUAGCCUACAUUUUCAAGAUGUGAAGGCUACAACAUGCUUUAUGUCAAUAUAGAGAUUGCCUACAAACGUAUUUGGUUCAUUGAAUGAAAGGAUGAGGUUAUACCGUUUAUUUGUGCUCAAGCGAUGGAUUGUCCGAGAGAUGCUAUUCAAUGGGAAUACGGUUCGCUAAUUUGACAGUCUAGCCCGACCGCGUCCUAACGGAUCCGCUCAUGAUGCCCAGAGCUUUACGGAGAUUCGUGCAUUUAAUGCUUUUCUGUCCUUUGUCGAAAGGACUUCAGAGUCGCCUCCCAGCCAUCAAGGUAAAGUACCUUCUGCUAGCAUGGCUGGGCAUCUUGGUAGCCAGCUGGGUGGUCUACAUGCAGUACUCCUCCUACUCUGAGCUCUGCAGAGGGCAUGUCUGCCACAUGGUCAUAUGCGACCACUACAGGAGAGGCAUCAUCUCAGGGUCAUCCUGCAAGGCACUGUGUGACCACCGGACCCUGACACUGCAGCGCUGCAUGUCCAGCUCCUCCACUCACCAGGUGUACGGCGGGCUGUGGAAGGAGAAGCCUGUGGUGAUCAAGUGUGGCAUCGAGGAGCCCCUGAAGAGCGACGGAGGACCCGAGUCUGUGCUCCGUCAGGAGAUGAGCCUGUUCGACAAGCCCUCCCGUGGGACCUCCAUGGACGAGUUCCGAGAGAUGCUGCACGGCUUCCUCAAGUCUAACUUGGGGGAGCAGCCCUCAUUGGCCACCCUCGUGGGCCGUGUCAUCACCCUGGCGGAUGUCAACCAGGACGGGAAGGUAUCCCUUGCAGAGGCCAAGUCUGUCUGGGCGCUUCUUCAGAUCAACGAGUUCCUCCUCAUGGUGGCCCUGCAGGAGAAGGAGCACACCCCCAAGCUGCUGGGCUUCUGCGGGGACCUGUACGUGACGGAGCGCGUGGCCCAGAGCUCCCUCUACCAGCUGGAGGUCCCCAGCUACUUGCAGGCACUGGUCCCCGAAGCCCUCAGCUCCAGCGUGAACCGCUGGCUGGCCCCAGCCUGGCCACGGCGAGCCCGCAUCACCAUAGGCCUGCUGGAGUUUGUGGAGGAGGUCUUCCACGGCUCCUACGGCAGCUUCCUGAUGUGCGACGCCAGCCCGCGCCACGUGGGCUACAACGCCAAGUACGACUGCAAGAUGGCCGACCUGCGCAGCGUGGCGUCCGAGGUGGCCGUGCGGGGCUUCCUGAGGGGGAGGCGGUGCGAGACCAACGCCGACUGCACGUACGGGAGAGACUGCACGGCUACCUGCGACCGCUUGGUCAAGCAGUGCAACACGGAGGUGGUGCAGCCUAACCUGGCCAAGGUGUGCGUGCUGCUCCAGGACUUCCUGCUGUUCGGGGCGCCGUCGGACCUGCGCGGCGACCUGGAGAAGCAGCUGCGCACCUGUGUGACGCUCAGCGGGCUGGCCAGCCAGAUGGAGGUGCACCACUCGCUGGUCCUCAACAACCUCAAGACCCUGCUGUGGAAGAAGAUCUCGAAUACACAGUACUCCUGAGGUCCACCAGGAGGCAGCUGUCCUAGUUUGGGGUUGAGCACUGAGUAGGGACAAGUUUGACUAGUCAUGAUAGAUAACCGCAAGGUUUGGAUUAGAGAAAAUUGCACCUUUAAAAGACAAUCGUAUUAGGGCCUACACCCUCCAGCCAUUACCUAGCCACACACACCAGAUUAGUGGUUUGUCCAAGGAAAGAUUGAAUACAGUGCUGUUGCAACAGCUAAAAAUACAGUAUUCUACUCACUUUGGCUAAAAGCUAGGCUCUCAUCCUCCCCUGGUCAAAAGGAACUAGUGAUGCAACUAAAAGUGGUCUUGUAAAAAGGCACUUGGAAACGAACACUGAAAUUGAGCCUGAAUGACUGCAGAUUGGUUCUAACAGCCUACUCAUUUCACUGAAUCAGGAUAUCCCAAUAUACAUUGUUCUCAGGGCCUGCCUGUUUUACUGUUUACUUAGAUUCUCUGGAUAUGGUUCAGAGAAGUUUGAUACGAAGGGACAGGUUUGUGUACACAAAGUACAUGCAAUCUCAGAAAUUAAAAGUCUGGAAGUAAUGAAUUCUCAAUAAAAAGGACUU